AUGGAGGAGACUACUAAGGCGCAAGCCACGGCAAAUACGGGGUUGGUGAUGACACCGGUGCCAGCGCCCAAGGACACCACAAGUUCAACGAGGCAAGCUGUGUCGGCUGGUAAACAAAAGACUGAUAUGCAAGAAGGAUCUGAAGACCUGAUCAAACCGCCUGAGACUCCCAAGCACAGCUCAACAGCGAAUGCGACAUCAGCAUUGAUACUAGCGUCUUCACCUGUAGGCAUUUUGGGUUCUCCAACACUUUCAGUAUCGCUACGUGGAGGAAGAGCAGAGGAGAAAGCUCAGCCUACAGAUUUUGUCAAGCGACUGGGGAGAUUACUUCACUCUGGACGCGAACCAACAAUCCUUUCUCUACCUCAGGAGCUUCUACUUGACGUCUUCGAUUACCUCGAUAUCCAUGACUACCGCAGGAUGUUUCUUUGUUGCCAGAAGCUUAAUCGAGCUGCCUCAAGCCCUAAGAGCAGGUAUCAUAAGUACAGAGAUAUUACUUUACAAGGCGAAGAAGGAUUACUUCGCACCAUAGUUUCCCUGGGUUUGCUACAACUCUCCGAGCAUAGAAAGAGAGUAAUGCCAUGCAUUCGGUCCAUCACUAUCGAGGCUAUUAGGAUGAAGCCUCUGACGGCAGCUUCUCCACCCAAGGGCGCCUCUUAUGCCUCAUCCGAGAAUGCGCGGCAUGAUAUUGCAUAUCUCGACACAUUGACUCUCCUCAACUGGGUGCAGCUUGUAUACGCCAUCUCUUCGCUCCCGACACACCACUCUGACGGUAGGCGGCCUUCCAUGUCUAUGCAAGAAUCGUACGAGGCAUGGUUCUCGGAGUCGGUUCCAGGGCGCUCUUUAGAGUUUAUUCAAUGGAUACCGCUUAGCUUCUUUCCAGGGCUAGUCAUCCUUUCGAUCGCGCCUCAGAAAUUACAGUCUUUUCUAGAGUAUCUGGCCGGCUGGGUAUCGCCACGCAACAAUACAGAAAUCAAGCGGCACAAAGACGACUGGCUUGCUAACGUCCCUGAGCCAUCACAAUACCCUUCCUCAUCGUCCCGUUUAGAACUAGGCUUCCUAACAAAGUUAGUGGUGCUUCCAAAGGACAAAACCGACAUAUCAAGCGUGUCUCUUUCGACUCUGUUCCAUUGUACUCAAUUACCAUCUCUCACUUCAAUCACCAUGACAGCUGACUAUGCCACUUGUUUUGGUGGGAACGUCCGCAAGACGCUAUUGCUUAAAGACGUGGGCUUAGAAGACUGCGUGAUGAUCGCGUCAGGCGUUCCCGGUGGCUUCAGCAGCAUCACAAGACAUGGCGUUGGUAGAUACACUUGGCUUGACAUUGUUGAGCAAAAGAAUGACUACAUAAUCGCUAAGGAGAAUCACAGACGCCAUGACUUGACUGACUACAAAAAAUUAAAGCAAUUACUUAUGGGCAUGCCCAGCAAAGGCGACACAACUGAACCUGAUCUGACCAAAUUUGGGGAUUGCUUUAGACUCGAGCACAGCACUAUCAAAGAUAUCAGAGUCGCUGGCAACUUCUCGAAGCUUAACCUAAUUCUCUCUUUCGAACCGAGACGCACACGCAAGGGACAUGGCAAAGUCUCUUUGAAGCAUAGUAUGGUGUUUGUCGGAUAUGACAUUGAGUCAAGCAAAGGCAUGCAUGGUAUUGUCGAUGUGACACUAAAGUUUGCACAAUAA